AUGGCAAGAAACAUGAAUGUCGAUCCAUGGGCAAAGUCGAGGUAUCAGCUAUGGAUUGUAACUAGUGAGGAACCAAAAAAUACACCGCUUGUAGAGUAUGGCAAAGGAAACAAAAAAAGGUUCACCAUUAGAGUUGUCCAUGGUGGAUAUUUCACUGAUUAUCCAGGUAAAGCUUCUCAAAAAACAAAAGUUAAUUUUAUAACUUUUGUCGACAUUGAUUUGCUUGACAUGGAUAUGCUUGGUAGUUUUUCUAAAAGGUUAGGUUGUACAACUGUUGGAUAUUGGUAUCAUAUGCUAACAGAACAACAUUCUAGUUUGUCAAUGACUCCUAUUUUGGAUGAUUAUGCUUUGAGAAAUUUCAAAUCAAUAGUUAGGGCACAUGAAUUCCAUGAGAUUGAAUAUCUGUAUGUAGAACACAAGCCAUUUUAUAUGCUAACUAAUUUCCCUCGCUUCAUGAUGAACUCACCAACCAAAAGAGAUGAGAAGCAUAUUCAUCUCUUUGUGACAGAACACCUAGUGUCAACAGUUGAUGAUGGAAUAACAUACAUCAAGCAUAUGCUAAACAUCACCAUUCCCAGAGGAAAGAUGGAAGAUGCAAUGGACAUGGCAAAAGAGAAUGUUAUUGCCUGGAAAGACUUAGUGUAG